GUACUUGUCUCUGUUUGUGCUCUGAGGCGCUCUUGCCUGCUCUUCUCCGUGCUAUCCUCGCUCUCCCGGGCCGGCUCUCGCCGCGGGGUGUUCUCAUCAACCCAGAGAUGACAACUCUGAUCUUUGUGGAUAAGGAGAAUGAUGAAGUUGGUGCUACUAAGAACCAGUUAAGACGCCUUUCAGUACCGUCAAAAGUCCUAUCAGAAAGAGCGCAAGUCAAUACUCCACUUCCAAAAAAACCAAUCAGAACUCCCGCCACAUCUUGCUCUGUCAGAAAGGCUCUUGGAAAUGUGAACAGAACUGUAGGAGUUACAAGCAAGAAGGAACAGAUGAGAGAGAAAAAUCAGCCUUGCAGUGCAAAGAAAGUUGCUGAAAAGACUGUUGGAUUAGAAAGCUGGGAUGCAGUGGGUGAUGAAGCUUACCCAGAAAUAGAAAACCUGUUUCCCUCUGAUCCUCUAGACUUGGAGAGUUUUGAUGUUCCUGAAGAGCACAGAUUAAGUAAUAUCAAUCUGUGUGGUGUUCCUCUCAUGAUAUACCCAAGUACUUUUGACAAACCUAUGAGCAUAACUUGUUCACCUGUAAAGCUUGAAGAGAUGCCAUGGGAGUCUGACUUGCUACAAUUACCUACUGACUUAAUGUCUACGCUGGAUGACAUCAUUGAUAUGCCACCUAUGAUCUAUGAGUUUUAAAAGCAUACUCUGAAGUUUCUAUUGAAUUUUGUGUUUAUAAUAAAGGUUAGUUUAACUUGUGAAAUAAAA